AUGGAGACCACUUAUCGAUCUCUUGUAAGAUCCUCUAGAGCAGGACAUCACAUCAGUGGAUUGACCUAUGUAAACUAUCUGGGAGAAUUAAUCAAACAAUUAACACCAGCUCAAAGGACCCUGCAAAAA